CUGAACUUCCUGAAGCCCUUCAAGAUCCUAAGGUCGCAACUAUUCUCUUAAGUGAAUUAAAAAAGGAUAUGCCAGCACUUGUCUUUCAAUGGAACGAUGCUGGUUUUAACGAUGUUCCUAAUAUGCCGAACUGUCGAAAUGGAAUUCCAGGUCAGACAAAAGCGGCUUUCAUAGCAAAUCUCGUGGCAAAUCGCGCCAUAAAUUGGGAUGAUACCGUUUUUACAUUUCCAAAUGGCACGGCAAUUG